AUGACUCUGCCCCUCAGACUGGGAAUGUCCCUGAGCAGUAGAAACUUGUCAUUCCAGGAGGCUGCAGUAUUCGAGUUCCUGUCUGUGGACUAUACUCGGCAAAAGUGGAAAGGUCUGGCACUCAUCCAGAGAGCCCUGUACUGGAACAUCAUGCUGGAAAAUUACUGCAGCCUGGCCUCACUGGCAGAUGAGAACAGGAUGGAGAGUUCAGAGUUGCCUCCAAAGCAGGAAAUUUCUAAAGUUUUGAAGUCAUCUGAUAGGACCUCAGUAGUACUCUGUGGAAUGAUUCCUGGAGGAUCAGAAGCUGGAGAUGCCUGUGAAGAGGCUUUAGAGAAGCUAGAAGUUCAACCCUCAGGUGAAGAAGGGACCAGACUAGAAAGUGAUUUCUUGGAAAUAACACAGGAAGAUAAAAAUAAAUCCACCAAAGAUGGGUGUGAUGAAUAUAAGGAACUUGAGGAACAUCCAGAUCUGUCCUCAAGUCCUGCAGAACAUCAAGGAGUUCUGAAGGGACAGAAAUUCUAUCAAUGUGAUGAAUGUGGCAAAGCUUUUAAUUGGAGUUCUCACCUCAUUGGGCAUCAGAGAAUCCACACUGGAGAGAAACCGUAUGAGUGCAAUGAGUGUGGCAAGACCUUCAGGCAGACCUCUCAGCUCAUAGUCCAUCUCAGAAUCCACACAGGGGAAAAGCCCUAUGAAUGCAGUGACUGUGGAAAGACCUAUCGCCAUAGCUCCCAUCUCAUUCAACACCAGAGACUCCAUACUGGGGAGAAACCGUAUAAAUGUAUUGAAUGUGGAAAAGCUUUCAAUGAGAGUUCCAAACUCUUUGACCACCAGAGAACCCAUACUGGGGAGAAACCGUAUGGAUGCAAUGAGUGUGGAGCGGUCUUUAGUCGGAGUAAAAGCCUUGUCCGCCAUCAGGUACUUCACAGUGGUGAGAAACCUUACAAGUGUAAUGAGUGUGGGAAGGCUUUCUGUUCUAACAGAAAUCUUAUUGACCAUCAGAGAAUCCACACUGGGGAGAAGCCUUACGAGUGUAAUGAAUGUGGCAAGGCCUUCAGUCGAAGUAAAUGUCUUAUUCGACAUCAGAGCCUCCACACUGGGGAAAAACCAUUCAAAUGCAGUGAGUGUGGGAAAGCCUUUAAUCAGAUCUCUCAACUUGCUGACCAUGAGCGAAUUCAUACUGGAGAAAAACCCUUUGAAUGUAAUGAGUGUGGUAAGGCAUUCAGUCUGAGUAAAUGUCUCAUUCGACAUCAGAGACUUCAUACGGGUGAAAAGCCCUAUAAAUGCAAAGAGUGUGGAAAAUCCUUCAAUCAAAACUCAUACCUCAUUAUUCAUCAGAGAAUUCACACUGGUGAGAAACCUUAUGAAUGUAAUGAAUGUGGGAAGGUCUUCAGUCAUAAUUCUAGCCUUAUGGUACAUCAGAGAACCCAUACUGGGGAGAAACCAUAUAAAUGCAAAGAUUGUGAGAAAGCCUUUCGUGACAGCUCACAACUCACUGUGCACCAAAGAGUUCACACUGGAGAGAAACCCUAUGAAUGUAUUGAGUGUGGGAAAGCCUUCAGUCAGCGUUCUACUUUCAAUCACCACCAGCGAACUCACACAGGAGAAAAGCACUCAGGUCUGGCUCGGUCUGCUUCUUAAGGCAUGAUUCUCUAGACAGCAAGGAACUCUGAGUUAAGGUUUCUAUAUAAAAAGUAUGCUCACCCUGGUCUCUUGGAACCACUAAUCAAAGUGGAUCAUUCCCUAAAUGCUCUCUGGUGGUCAGAAUGGUCAGAGAGUGGUAGUAACAGUACCGUCCUUCCCCACUUAGGACUACACAUUUCGUGUGGUUAUAGGUUUCCUUUUUCUUUCGCCUCUUUUUUUGGCCACCCCAUGAGGCUUGCUGGGGAGCUUUCCUGACCAGGGAUCAAACCCAUGCCCUCAGCAGUGAAAGCAAGGAGUCCUAACCAUUGGACCACCAGGGAAUUCUCUUCUUUCACUUUAAAAAAAAAGUAAAAUCUAUCUUGUUUUUUAAUUAUUUGUCCCAUAAUUAUAUUCUUAAGGAAAGAGAUAUUUCCUCAUUCUAUUCCACCUCCUCCAUUUUACCAUUUAUAUAAAGUCAUUCUCCAAGACUCUGAGUCAUUCUUCCUACCUCUUGAAUGUGGCCCUUUAAAAACUACUUUAAUCUAGACUCUCAUCACUUGUGUUCUCUACCUAGAAAAGCUUUUCUUACUGUUUGCCAAUCUGUGUCCCUUGAACCUUUAAGAUCUAGGUCAUCUCUGAAGGACUUUCUUCUUCAAAUGCUCCUUUUUUCCUCCUAACCUGUUGAUUGACCUCUGUGUUUUGAAUUAACCUGUGCUAUAAUUUGCAAUUGUUAUAUAAUUGCCUUGUCAAUUCUCAACCUAAUGACCCUUUGUGUCCUUUUAUACUAACUUGAUGUAGGCUUUGAGAUUGGGUAUAGUAUCUUAUUUCUUCUGGCAUAUCGAUAAUACUUUGCAUAUUCUAGUUGUU